AUGAAUUUAUUUUUGCAUAGAGAAUAUUAAAUGAUGUGGAACCAAAAAACUUAGUAAGUGACAUUGAAAAAUAAAAUAAUAACCAUUGUAAGAAUAUUGGUUGUAUGAUUUAAAUAACUCAAUUUUGAUAUGUAAUAUUAGAUGACCAUAUUAUACACUGUUAGUACUUCAUAAUAAUUAAAAGGAUCAAGAAAUGCUUAAAUUUCUUCAUAAGACUGAAUUGGAAUAUGAAGAGAAUAAUAAUAAUUUAAUUAAUAAUUUGACUUUCUUGUCAGAUCAAUAUUUCACCUAUGUGGUGUUAAAGAAGAAAUUCUAUUUUAAUAAAUCAACAAAUAUUUAUUGUAAGAAUAGUCAAAAGCAUCAUUCAAAAGAAAGUUUAAAAAAAUCUAGAUGA